GUGGAGAUAAGAAGGAAAACGCUCAUACUUCAUUGCAUUACUUUUUAGGAUAUGUGUUUGGCAAUUACAAUGUUAUCAUUUUCUCCGCAAGCUCAUUGUCCGCUAACGAAUUGAAAGAUCAAAGCAUAAUCAAAGUAACCUACAUAUUAGCCACUUGAACACAAUUAAACAACAGUAAUUAGAGUCUUCAAAGAUGUCAUGCUAUUCUGUAUUUUCUAAAAUUCUAUGAGAACGUGCCAUGCUCGAUACACGGGGCCAUUUUAAGCGAGAUGUAAUAGCAAAAUUUCAGCUAGUAACCAACAGCGGAAAUUCUUCGAUGGAAAAUGAUAAAGCCUGUUCUAUGUUUUAAGAAUCAAAGAAAUUAGAAUGGGAAAAGGUAUCGGGGUUUUCCCGUUCAUUACUUUCUUCUCAACGCACAUCGAAGACAAUGGAGCAGAACUGGUGAAUCGACCAAGAUACUUCAUUAUAUUUUUUAUUUAUGUAGAAAACAAAGAAGGCAUUGCUUGAACAAAAAAAUUGUUUAAUCAAGACGUGUGAAUUCUUGACCAUUUUAGCGCAUUUAUAUUAACGGCUAUAAACGCUUACUUUGAGUUUUAUUUAACAGAUAGGUUACACGGUUUGGAACAUUAAAGAACGAUAAUUUGAAAUAUAAGCAGCAUGAAGUGGCAGGUGUUGUGUGGGGCAUUAACAGGGCUGUGCCUCGUGCUGGGAGGCCUCGCCCAGGGCCCCACGAUCGGGCCCUGCAACGCCCCCAACACGACUGAGAACUUCAACGACGCCUUCAUUCGAAGGCUUCCUGACGAAGAUUAUCUAAUAGCGAUCUCAACUGUACAGCAGUCAUCUGGGAGUAAGAUUAAGUUUUUCAUUAACGGGACUUACCGCUAUGAUUACUUCGACCGGGUGGGGCGGUCUGCUCAGCACACAGGAGAGUACCGCGCGCAGGCUCACGCUGCCUCUGCCCCAGCCACCAUAACGCUGCACUCCCUCCCCGCUGCGGCAUUCGGCAGCGGAUCCGACGCUGUAACAUUCAGUGUUGUACAGGCCGAGAGCGGAGUUCUUGACUUGAUCUCGUGCAUUAGGGAGGGCUUUCUCCAUCACGAGCAAAGACAUGUUCUGGUCUCCUCGACGCUGCUUCGCUCACUUGAAACUGCGGGAAUUCGUUUGGCCUUACACAUGGGAAAAACACCUAAUACAAACCACGAAGUUGGGUUUAAUGGGAUAUUUAGAUCAGGAAUAGAAGUCAAGCAGAGUGCAGGAGAGAAUAGUACAUUUUAUAUAUUUCUUAUACCUUUACUCCUCAAAACGAGUAGUCCGCUCUGUCUGUUGCUUCCUGAUCCACCAGCUUGUUUCACAGGGUUAAAAAACUUUACCAUAGAGUUGUUCCUUCCGUCGCAGCCAGUGACAUUGUUGUACACCACCGAGCCUGUAAUUAAUCAUCUAGUAACACCAUUUGCGUUACAGAGUUACCAUACCAGUCACAUCUACCAGCAUCCACCCAUCGGUCCCUCGCAUGUUGAAAAAGUUGCGAACGUACCAUACUUUGCCCCACUCCCCAAGAACUUUGAAAGUUUGAAGCAAAAAGAGCUUGAUGGAAGUCUCAAUAUCCAUGGGAAUCCAAACUCGGGACAAUAUUCCCUCUACAUCUCAGACUAGGAAGUUUCUGGGCAACAGCGGGAAUUGGUGGAAAAUAAUUGAUGGCAUAAUUAUACUUGGCACCGUAAUUUCUUACAACUGAAUCAAUUUAGACUUCCCCCAAUGUGCAUUCAUCAGUAUUGUUGCUGCAAAUAGGAUGAGAUGUGUCUUAUAUCUUCAUUAUAUCUUACAGUUAUGUCCGUCAGCAUGAUAGUAUUUUGGUUAUGAGAGUAUAUUUUAAACAGCUGUAAGCUUUUGCCUGGCUGCCAUUGAUUUUGUCUUCUGAAUCGCCAAAACCUUGCUCGUAAAUCAACAUUACACCACCUCAGAGAAACUUGUCGAUUACGCAUUUGAUAAGACCUCCAAUUAUGCUCGUAUUAUCAUCGAUAAAUCCUAAUUUACGCUGUAUUAACAAUAAAUCACUUAAUUAACUUUAGAUAGGCUAUGCAGCUCAUAUUUGUCGUACUGGAGCUGGAACGUACUAAUUAAGUAUUCGUAUCACUAACUGUGCUUACUACACUCACAUUUACGGCCUUCGAAACUUACAAGUAAUUCUAUCACUUGACCUGGUAUGCAUACGUUCAUAUCCAAAAAAAGGUAUAAUUCUUGUCACCCAAUUUAGAAUCUAGCACCUUUAACUAUGUCUGAGAACUUGCACUAUGAGUGUGUUGAAUGGUGAACGUUUUCGCUCAGGAUUACAACAGGAUUACAACAGGAAAUAUGCUAUGGAUGAAAGGACGAAUUCCUCGAAGUAUCUUGGAACAAAUUUGACUUAAAAAGACAGAUAUGCAAGACUUAUAUGACAUAAACCACCUGGCCAGACCACCUGAAUUCGCACUUCACUGCACCACGCCUCUACGUACGCACAAUUCCAGGUUUCUAACUACAGGGGUACAGUGAAUUCCACAGCGAAGAGAUUUCGACUGCGCGAGGGUCUAACCCAAAGGGUAACACUGUGGCUAUAUAUAAGGAGUCAGUUACCACAUUGAAAUGAAACCAAUUGAACUAUGAUCAGAUGAGUGUAUGGAACGUUUUUACUUUUAUCGCUUAAGUCAUACCGGCCAUUUCAGAUCAAUGCAUUAGUUCACAGAUGAUCAUGCGUAAAUGUGCGCUAAUUUUCAAUAAAAUUAUUUCUGGUA